AUCACGUGUCUCACUGUAGAAAGUUUGACAAGUUAGUCGACAUAAGUCCUCUGUUUUCCCGCUAUCGAAAACCUUGAAUGUCACUCCCUUGUAUCUUCUUCCUCUGUUAAUAACAACCUCGCACUCUAAUCUGGGAUCGAAGUCUUUCCUGUCAGCGACGAUAUAAAAACACACCCAAAACAUGGAAAUCGUGCAGAAAAUCAUGUCGGGGUUUAGUCUGGAUUUGGGACCAGUGAAAGAGCCACUGGGAUUUAUCCGAAUCCUGGAAUGGGUGUUCACCAUCUGUGCCUUUGCCACCACUGGUGGUUAUGUCGGAUCCAGUGUGUUCACUCUUGAUUGUGAAGGAAAAAAAGAUGAUGUUACUGCUCAUUUUGGUUAUCCUUUUAGGCUUCCGAGUCAGCCGUAUGAGAUUAUACACUGCAAUCACAGCAAGAACAUGACUUACCUGCAGGGAGAUUUCUCCUCCUCGGCUGAGUUCUUUGUCUGUGUGGGCGUCUUUGGCUUCUUGUACUGUACUUUCACCAUCAUCCUGUACUUGGGCUACCAGCAGGUUUACAGGGAGUCUAACCGUGGCCCGGUCAUUGAUCUGUUUGUGACUGCGAUCUUUGCUUUCUUGUGGCUGGUUUGCUCCUCAGCCUGGGGAAAAGGUUUAACAGAUGUCAAAUACGCUACGAAUCCUGACAGGCUAAUAGAGGCAUGUCUGCCUGAUAAGUGUACGGUAAAGACCUAUCCUUCAAUGGGUCGUCUCAAUGCUUCUGUGCUCUUUGGAUUCCUAAACCUGAUAUUGUGGGCAGGAAACUGCUGGUUCAUCUACAAGGAGACUCCGUUUCACAAGCCGCCCAAUGUAGAGGAAGGAGUUUCCACCUCCUAAUCAGACAAGACAGGCUCCAUCCUCUCCUCUCCACUGGUUCAUAAAUCAGAGGACGUCACCAUUCGUUCAUGUCCACACAUUGAAAAGAAACUACAUCUUUGAUAUGCAAAAGCUUCGUUUCUAGCAUCAUGCAUUGCAGUUCACUAUAUUAUAAAUGCUAUAAGCUGAAUUCAUUUUUUAUUUUAGUGUCUGAUGGCACUGUCAGAAGCUAAUUUUGUCAAGCAGGUAAAAAAAGAAACCAAAUUUUUUAGAUCAGUGGCAUUUCAAUUGCAACAUACAAGUGAACUUAUUCUAGGUUAUUGAUGUUUUGUCAUUGUUAUUCAUUUGUCUAAUUUGAUCUAAAGAUGACCUGCAUUUCAUUUAAUACUAAAUAUCCACUACAAUCAGACCUCAUGAGAGAAAUUGCAUUUGAAAGCUCUUAUGUAAAAUAUCUCUGAGCACUUAAAAGACUAGCACACUGAUAUCUAGCUUGUCUUUCCUUGUAGUUUUUAAAAACUAUUUAUUGGUUUAAGUGCCUUUUCAUUUACGUUCAUGAUAGGAUGUUUUUCCUCAGCCACAUCUGAGUCACCUUACAUUUGUCAGGGAAGGUCAAACGGAAAAAUUCGUCUUAGUUGCAGCCAUAAAUCCUGUGAUAUUUCAUCUGUAACCUUUAUUUUAAAUGUUUGUGUGAAUUCUCUGAGUUGACUCUUUUUGACGUGGUAUUUGGUUAUAAAUUACUACGCCAAAGGCCAUAUAUCAUUUUCUGUCAGGAAAAAUGUUAACUAUUCAACACUAGUCAUUGUUCAACAGAAGGAAACACUUGUUAGAUUAUUUUUUCUACUGUUUGGAGUAGUAAUGUUGUCAUUAUUUGUAUUUGGCUGGCUGUUAUUUGACUUUACACUGUAAAUGAAGCAUCUGUAUCACAUGGGUUGAUGUUUGUAUAUUUACAGAAAGAGCAUUUAAUUUUGUGCAUCUGUGGCAUGUUUUACCAUCUUAUUUUUUACGGAAAGAACUGUUUGUGGGGGAUUGUAUUUAGUUGAAUUCUAAAAAUAGAAUAAUUGUUCAAUAACAGUGAUUGUCUGUGUGACUUUUAUGUUUGAUUAUUGAUUAUUUGUUUAAUUCUAAAUUGGCAGUUUUUUUUAUUAAACCCCUAAAGUAGUUUUAAUCGUAAGAUCAAACUUUCGCCUUCAAUAUGAAUAUUCAGUGCCACGUCUAAACUUUAACAUAGCUAUAAAAGGUAGACUUAAACACGUUAAAUUAUUAAUAUAAAGGUUUAUGGAAAAGUAGCUUGUGUUUAAUAGUGAUUAUAAAGAGGUUAAAAGUGCCAUUUAAAAAUCAGUCUUUCUUCAAGUCAUAUAUUGACUUUUUUUUUGCAAUUCUUGACUUUGGUUGUGACUUUUGGAAAAUAUAGGCCACAUUUUUAUGUUGUUGUUGUGUUUUAUAUCUCUGUGCUACGUUAAGAAGGAAAUCGCCACGAAGGCUCUUGCAGUUUUGGUUAGUAUUAAAAGAGGAGAGCUGUAUAUAUAUUUUGUUGCGUUUUAUUUCCAAAAAUCUGCUGUUUACUACAUAACCACUAGAUGGUAGUAUUGUAAACAAUAAAUGCGUAACUAAAUCACA